AUGGCAACAUCCACAAAGCCCGUCAUCCUCAUUCUCUCCAUCGGCGAGAAAUGGAUGCAAGACAUGUGCGACGAUCCCACCAGCUUCGGCGCCGGCCUUGACCACCUCUCGAACUACGCCGACCUCAAGCGCGCCCGCACAGCCAAAGGGGCCCUCAGCUACCUCGACAAGAACGCCGCGUCCCCGCCCGACGGGAUCCUCGUCACCGAUCCCGGCGUAUCACAGCCCGGCAACAAGGCGCUCCUGGACCGCGUGGUGGCGUACGCGCGGGCUGGCGGCACCGUCGUCAUGAGCUACUGCUUCUCCAGCAACAUCCGCAUGGACGAUCUGGAGGACUUCUUCAAGCAGGCGUGGGGCCUGCCCUGGCAGCCGGGCUCCUACCACCGGACGGACCUCACGCUCAACGAGUCUGCUUCGACCCUGAAGGGGCAGGUGGCGGCGCUGCAAAAGAUGUACAGCCAGAAGGCGGUGUUCCUGAAGAGGGUGCAGCGCGAGCACGCCUGGUAUCUGCCCACUGAGGACUCGCUUACACAGUCGUUGGUAUUUGCCCCCGAGCCCGUCAAUCAGAACGAGACUGCUGUGGCCUUUGCACCUUUUGGUCAGGGCAUGGUCGGCUACACGGGAGACGUGAACAUGGAGGCUCAACAAGUGUUCUCGUUUCGGCUCAAGGCUCUUUUCUUGGCCGCCGUAUUCUUGGCAUCAUCCGUCGUCUUAGGAAUCCCCAGUUUACCAGAUGUGACUGAGACGGAGGCCAAUUUGUUCGAUCCCUGCGAGGAACCCUCAACUCGCCACUUUGAUUUCACCGUCACAUGGGCCCAGAACGCACCGGAUGGCGUCGAGCGUAACAUGUUUAUGGUCAAUGGCCAGUUUCCAGGCCCCAAAUUGGAACUCAUCCAGGGAGACAACGUGGUCGUCAAGCUAAGGAAUUCCUCACCCUUCAACACGACCAUUCACUACCAUGGUAUUGAGAUGUUCCAGAACCCCUGGUCCGAUGGCACACCUGGCAUAUCUCAAGGGGAGUCGUCACAACAAUCAGGCGUCGACACGCCCUGCUUGGAUUCCAUCUUGGUUAAUGGGAAGGGCAAAGUCAAUUGUUUGUCCAGGGAGCAGCAGGCAGCCCUCAUCACUCCUAAUCGGCAGAUGCUUCUGAGCCUUGUGCCGGGAACAGUAUUGACAGACAAGUCGUGUGCUCCUCCUUCAGUGAUUACGAAACUGGCUGCCCCGGGUGCGCCACCGCCAAAUUACGCCGCUAUCCCUCCUGAAUUCUUCAACGGUUGCAGCGCGACAGAAGGCUCCAUCGAAGUCAUCAACGCCUCUCAAAAGUCCGCAAGUGAUGAAACUUGGGUCAUGUUCGAUUUGAUUAGUUCCUUGUCUCUUCAACAGAUCCAGUUCUCGCUUGACGAACUGACCAUGUACGUGAUUGCUGCUGACGGUAACUACACCGAGCCUGAGGCGGUGCAGUCACUCGAAAUCUACAACGGGCAACGGUACACGCUUCUUGCCAAGCUCGAGCAGCCUAAAAAGUACAUGAUGCGGAUCUCGGGUACCACCUGA